AUGCAACAAAAUCGUAACAAGGAUCGGAGCGAUCGACAACAACAAGGUACUGGUUAUUUUGGUCAGCAAGAUGGUGGUUACCCGGCACAGUCAGGCAGUUAUCCGCCUCAACAGGGAGGUUAUCUAGGACAGCAAGGAGGUUAUCCAAGUCAGCAAGGAGGUUAUCCAAGUCAGCAAGGAGGUUAUCCUGGCCAACAGGGAGGUUACCCACAUCAGCAAGGUUACCCUGGCCAACAAGGAGGUUAUCUAAAUCAGCAAGGAGGUUAUCCAAGUCAGCAAGGAGGUUAUCCUGGCCAACAGGGAGGUUACCCAUAUCAGCAAGGUUACCCUGGCCAACAAGGAGGUUACCCAAAUCAGCAAGGAGGUUAUCCAAAUCAGCAAGGUGCUUACCCUGGCCAACAGGAAGGUUAUCCAGGCCAGCAAGGAGGCUACUUCGGUCAGCAAGGAAGUUAUCCUAGCCAACAAGGAGGAUAUACAGGUCAGCAAGGAGGCUAUCCGGCCCAACAAACAGGACAACCCCCCAACCCAAUCGGAUUUAACAGUUAUUCGUACAGUGGAUCUGGACCAGGCCAAAUAAGUGGCAGUUUUGGACCAUCUGAUCAUAGUAAGUUUUCCUUUAUGUCUUAUUUAUGA